CUCACUCGAAAGGGAGCUAAGUUUGUAUGGAAUGACAAAUGUGAGAAAGGAUUCAUGGAAUUAAAGAAGAGAUUGACUGAGGCACCGGUACUUGCAUUACCCAAACAAGGUGUGGGGUACGAUGUCUAUAGCGAUGCGAGCAUCCAAGGGCUUGGAUGUGUACUGAUGCAGAACGGGAGGGUAAUCGCCUAUGCUUCACGACAAUUGAAGAAGCAUGAGGUGAAUUAUCCUACUCAUGAUUUGGAGCUGGGGGCAGUGGUGUUUGCACUGAAGAUUUGGAGACAUUAUCUCUACGGAGAGACAUGUCACAUAUAUACUGAUCAUAAGAGCUUGAAGUACGUGUUUACUCAGAAAGAGUUAAACAUGAGACAGAGACGGUGGAUGGAGUUGAUAAAGGACUACCAUCUAGUUAUUGAGUACCAUCCAGGCAAGGCAAACGUUGUAGCAGAUGCCCUUAGUCGGAAGAGUUCGUCUGGGGCAUUGUUGACUUGUUUGAGAGCACUGAGGGCCCAAUUGGAUGUAUCUAACGACGGUGCUUUAUUGGCACGAUUCGAAGUGAGACCGACCUUACUUGAUGAGAUCAAGAAGGGUCAAGAGACUGACGCAGAACUGAUGAAGGUCCGGGAACGCAUGCAAGCGGGACCGGUGGAGGAUUUCAGGGAAAGGGAUGAUGGUCUCUUGUUAUUUCGUGACCGAGUGUGUGUGCCGUCAGACGAUGAGCUCCGAAAGUCCAUCUUAGAGGAGGCUCAUUCAUCGGCUUAUGCCAUGCACCCGGGGGGCACGAAAAUGUACCGUGAUUUGAAAGAAAGUUACUGGUGGUCUGGAAUGAAGAGGGAAAUAGCCGAGUACAUCAGUCGAUGCCUUACUUGCCAACAAGUAAGGCAGAACAUCAGCAUCCAGCAGGCUUGUUACAACCACUUUCCAUUCCUGAGUGGAAGUGGGAACAUGUGACUAUGGAUUUCGUGGUGGGUUUACCACGGACGAUUCGGAACUAUGAUGCAGUUUGGGUUGUUGUGGAUAGGCUCACGAAGAGUGCACACUUUUUGCCUAUCAAUACUACCUACCCACUUGAGAGGUUAGCCAAAUUAUAUACGGAUGAGAUCGUGAGGCUGCAUGGGGUCCCAGUGACCAUUGUAUCCGAUAGAGACCCACGAUUCACAUCACGUUUUUGGCCGAAAUUUCAGGAGUCUAUGGGAACGAGGUUGAAGUUCAGUACUGCUUUCCACCCACAGACGGAUGGGCAGUCUGAAAGAGUCAUACAGAUCUUAGAAGACAUGCUGAGGGCUUGUGCGUUGGAGUUCCAAGGAAGUUGGGACAACCACUUAGCACUUGUGGAAUUUGCCUAUAACAACAGUUAUCAGGCAAGCAUCGAUAUGCCUCCAUACGAGGCAUUGUAUGGAAGGAGGUGCCGUACACCGUUAUGCUGGGACGAGGUUGGCAUGGCCAAACUCGAGGGUACUGAGUUGGUUGAGGUCACCAAAUCAAAGGUGAAGUUGAUUCGAGAGAGACUCAAAGCGGCUCAGGAUAGACAAAAGAGUUAUGCAGAUAAGCGUCGAAGAACCUUGGAGUUUAAGGUUGACGACGAGGUAUUCUUGAAAGUUUCUCCUUGGAAAGGGAUCAUUCGAUUCCAAACCCGAGGAAAACUUAACCCACGAUAUAUAGGUCCAUUCAGAAUUAUAGAGAGGAUUGGGGCCGUAGCAUAUCGUCUACAGUUGACUCCUGAGUUAGAGAAGAUACAUAAUGUGUUUCAUGUAUCCAUGCUUAAGAAGUAUGUGCAUGAUCCCUCUCACGUAUUGGAGAAGCCACCUGUAGAGGUACGUGAGGAUUUGAACUACGCUGUUCAACCUAUCAAGGUCACCGAUAGAAAGGUGAAGAAACUGAGGAGCAAGGAAGUCCCAAUGGUUAAAGUCCUGUGGAAGAGCGAUCGGGUCGAGGAAGAGACAUGGGAAACAGAGGCUUUGAUGAGGAAGCAGUAUGCUUUCCUAUUCGAGUAGAGCUGUGAAUUUCGGGGACGAAAUUCCUGUUAAGGGGGGGUGAACUUGUGACACCGCACCCGAACGUCCUUGAAAAUUCGAUUUAAAAAUUUAACAUUUAUGUAUUGAAUUUUCGAUUGCCAAACAAUUGUAAAACGAUUAAUGUUUUACGUAGUGCAUGACUGAAUAUCGUACUGUUCAAACUCGUAUGAUAGUGUCGGGUUUGCAACCACUUUUCGGGACUUAUUAAUAAAUAAAAGAGCUCAACAUUAUCUAAAUAAGUGAUCGAAUGAUUAAAGAAGAAUACCAAUGCCUACAACCCUAUCUUUGGCAUUUUUGAGCUAAAUAAUAGAAGUAGGAUUUUCCUUCUAUAAUAUCCAUCAAGUAAAUUAUUGGGAUGAGCCUACACAUAUUGGAGAUCAAUAAUGUUAUUUAGGAAGUUGACUUGUUCUAAAUAAAUUAGGAUGAGUACAAAAGGACAUCUUUGACAAAGAUAAAACAAUAGGACCCAUCUUCCCAUUUUUGGAAGUAUUGGUAGAUAUUUUGGACCUCAAAUUGAUUGGGAUCAAUUGGGGGGCAUCCCAUGUGGCUUGAGUACCUGCAAGACAAGUAAAAUGUGUGAGAAGACUCACCUUGGCCGCACCACAUGGAGGAGCAUUGCCCAUGACACAAUUGGGAUCAAAUUUUGGGGUCACCACCACUGUUUUCGCACAAACAGGUGUGCUGUUUUGUCUCCCUUCAUGAGUGAGGUUAUACUCGGCCAAAUGAGGUUUAUAAGGUGUCCUUGGAUAGAUUUUGAAGUCUAUUUUUAUAAUUGAGUGGUCUCUGUUCGAGAGGAGAGAGCAAUCAUCCAAAAAUAGAUCUGGAACGAGCAGUGGUCUGUGAACUCGAGCUGUGAGAGUGCUGAGACUGUUUGGUUGAUAUCUCGAGUUUUACCAAUCCAAUUAAGGCGUGUGAGAUACCAAAAGAAAGCUCUCAAGACGAGGAAUCCGUGAAGGUCUGGUUUGCAUCAAUCGGAGUUGUGGAAGACUUCCAAAUCGCCCGAGCAAAACACAACCUCGCAGGAGAGGAUUUAAUCUUCUAAAGAAACGGGUUAACCGGAAAACACCCAUUCUAGGGGCUGUUUUCGUAUCAACGAUUAAGGGUUGAACUAGCACCUUGAGGAGGCUGUUUAACACUCAUAUUUGAGCAAGGAAUUAGUUCCAAAUCCACCUUGACCAAAGCUUUGACCAUUGGACCAAGAAGGGAAAGUUUAAAGCUCAAUUGAGGUUGAGGCUUGAGCUUACAUCCUGCGCUUGUUGAUCGGGUGAAUCCGUGGAGAGAAGACUUGGUUCGUGCUUCCUCCAUUCUAUUUGAAACAUUAACAAAAUUGCUCAUGGAUAUUUUAUUAUAGAGCCUGCGUGCUCAUGAAUAGCCCUGUGUGGCCCUUUCGUUUUAAACAAUGUUUUCCGCUGCUUUAUGAAUUACUUAUUAUGUUGUUUAUGGAUGACUUAUGUGUGAAUGAUAUUCAUGACGCCUUGUAUAAUAUGAAUGUGUUGGACUGCGGUUGACUAUUCGUAUUGUACGGCGGGUUGUUGACGUGUCCGGGGAGGUCCGGGGCGUGACAGGGAGUUUGUAAUGUUUCUAUAAUUUUGGUUAAUUCAGUUUUAAGGAUAUUUUCUGCAGAAAUAAAGUUUAAAGUUUAAAGUUUUA